CCACCAUGCCACCCCCAGAGCUCGCAGCACCUUCAACCCCCGGCCCCCAACCUUGAUUGCGGACUUUAAUUUCUCUCCGUCCUCCCUGAUCGACCUCCCCUUUCCUGUCAAAUCGUCCCGCUCUCAUAGAGCACCCUUCAGAUCCCAUGGAAAGCCACGGCAUAGCCCGCACAGCCCGGAAACCACGCACCGAAGCCCAGCUCCAAACCGACCUCGCCAAGAUCGCCAACCUCCGCGCCCUCGAAGACGCCCUCCUCCGCGCCUCGCCGCGGCCCGCCGACCCGGCCGACCCGGCGACCCUCGCCCUGACCACGAAGCUCCUGCGCCUGAACCCGGAGCACUACACGGCAUGGAACGUCCGCAGGCGCUGCCUAACCUGUGGAUCAUUAUCAAGACCCUCGCCUGGGCCGUCGCCGUCGGCGCCGCCCGCGAGUUCGUCAGCAGCAUGCACUCCGCCUCCGUCCUCCGCCGCUGCGUCGCCCUCUUCCUCGACCGCGAUCCCGCCAGGCCCCGCGUCCCCACCGGGCCCAGGGAGUGGGAGGAGUGGUACAACAGCUGAUGCGCCGCCGGCCGACGAUGACAAGGUGGUGGUCGACACCCUCAGGAGCGAGCUCAUGUUCACGAUCCCGCUCCUGCUGGAGUUCCCAAAGAGCUACUGGAUCUGGAAAUACCGCUCCUGGCUCCUCCAGCAGGCCAUCGAUAGACUACCCAGGCCCGUCGCCCGGCGCAUAUGGGAGGAGGAGCUCGGCCUCGUGUCCAAGAUGCUUACCAAGGACCGCCGCAAUUUCCACGCCUGGGGCUACCGGCGCCAAGUAGUCGUCAUUCUCGAAAGCGCGGCUCUCGACGGCACGAGCCUGGUCGAGGCCGAGUUCGCGUACACGACAAAGAUGAUCAACACGGACCUGUCCAACUUCUCGGCGUGGCAUAACCGGUCGAACCUGAUACCCCGCCUGCUAGAGGAGCGCGGCGCCGACAACGAGGCGCGGCAAAAGUUUUUGGAAGAUGCAGAACUCGACCUUGUCCGUGAGGCACUAAACGUAGGCCCAGAGGACCAGUCUCUGUGGUUUUACCACCAUUUUCUCGUUCAGAACAUGACCGAAGAGUCAGACGGGCGGCCCAGAAUCGCACCGAGCCUGUCAAGUCCACAAAAGGCAUCCUAUGUGAGACGCGAAAUUGAAGAUAUCAAGGACCUUUUGGAAGACUACGACGACAUCACGUGGAUUUACAAGGCGCUGCUGGACUACACGAGGGCGCUGCCGCGCAUCGAAGGAAGGGAGCUCAGCGAAGAAGAGACGGAAGAACUACGAACGUGGAUGGCCAAGGUGCGUCAGCUGGACCCUAUGCGUAACGGGCGUUGGAAGGAUCUUGACAAGGAGUGUAAUCUGCUCUAG